AUGUCAGAAAGUAAGGUUCAAGAACUAAUUGAAAUUGUUCAGAAUUCGCUUGAAGAAGAUUCUAGUACCGUAAGAUUAGGAAUGAGUGGUAUUCACGAAAUUCCGCUGGAAUUGAUCAAUUUGACAACUUCAAAUAAUUAUAGAAUAGAAAGGCUUGGACUUGAAACAAACCAUUUGUCAACAAUUCCCACAGAAAUUUGUACCUUAACAUAUUUAAGAUAUUUAAAUGUUUCUAACAAUGAGUUUAAAGAAUUUCCUGAAGCGCUGUGUUUAAUCCCAAGUUUGGAGAUAUUGGAUAUUAGUAAAAACAAAAUUAAGAAAUUACCAAAGGAUUUUGGAAAAUUGAUGACAUUGAAGAAUUUCAAUGUGGCACACAUUAGAACUCUGCCGCUAUUUGAUGUAACGUGGAAUCAUGAUCAGUUUAUGAUGUGUCAAGUUGCGAUUCAAUUCCUAACGGACCUAUUAAAAAUAUCUAGAAAUCUUAUAAAGAAGCUUCCUCUUUAUAUCGCAGAUAUGAAGGAAUUACAAUAUCUAAAAAUUGAUAAUAACCCAAUUCAAUUUCCUCCCAAAACCAUCCAUAAUAUGCCAAAAGGAGAAGAUAAAGAAAUUAUGGAAAGUGAUGAUAGCAGUAAUAGUGAAAAUGGAAUUGAGAAAAAUAUAAUAGCACGUAGUAAAUCAUUGAAGAAAGCUACAUCAGUUGAUACAUAUUUUCAUCCAACUCCUAAUUUUCAAAGUUCUAUCACCAAAAUUGAAAGUGAACAAGUAUCAUCCAAGCUUGAAAAGAAACGGCCAAAUUCUAAGUUAUUUUUAGAUUUUCCGAUAGCACGUCGUGAAAGGAGUUACAGCAAUGAAUUUGAUUCUGUAUCGAAGAAUUCUCGAAGUACAUUUGUUCGGACGCAUUCGAAAAGUUAUUCACAAGACUCAAUAAGUUCACAUGGUAGCCAAAGCAGUAUUUCAGAAGAGCAUAGUAGUGAUUUUUAUUUUCAAAAACUUAAAACACUAGCUCUAACCGAUAAUCUUCCAAUGAGCGGUUUGUCUUUAAGAGAAGCUAGUCGAAACAUUUUAUACGCUUUGUCUCAAGUACAUAAAGCGAUGUGUCAAUUCAUAUCCUUUACCGGCAGUGAAAGAAUAUUUUUUACAGAACUCAAUAAAACAAAUACAUCAAUAGGACAACUAAGCAUGAGACUACAAAAAUUUGACACUUUUUCACAAAAAGCCGCACCAGACGCUGAUCAUUGCAUUAAAUUAUUAAGCUCAUGCCAAGAAAAUAUAACAAAUUUUAAAAUUCUUUUAGAUUUAUUUAACAAACGUAUCAGAACUUUAACACAAUCACCAGAUAACUUGCGAUAUUCACGCACGCUUUUGUUAAUAUUUCAUGGUGCCAUAGUAGAUAUUAAGUUUGCAUGGGAAAAUAUAUUGCCUCUUUUAAAUAACACUACGCCUUUUACGGGAAUACCUACACCCAUGCGUUCAAAAUCUAUAUCGCGAUCAAAUAGUACUAGCAAUGUUAAUGGGCAUUCCUACUCUACUGGACUUUUGUCUAACGGUUCUUCCUCACACAUGAAUGGAAUAAAUGUUUCAUCUGCUGGAAUAUCAAUGACUAAUAAUUCUCGUACUGAUAUUACAUUUCCAGCCUUAAUAUUUGAACAAAUGCUCACAAAAGUUGAUGCAGCUAUCAAAUGGGUUGAAAAUGUUGGAAAACAUUUAGGUGAGCACCUCGAGAAUGCUCUUGGUUCAUCAACGGAUGUUCCUGCAUCUCCUAUAAAAAUAAAAUUGAAAGAGCUGAAAUCACAUAUGAAAAACGCGUUGGAUAUAACAAGGCAAUUGAAAAAGUCUAUAUUUGCUGCAAGAUUUUCUCAAAAUGAGAAUUUGAACAUACAGCUAAAUGUUUAUAGUACCACAAUCGUGUUUCUCCAGGCAACUGUGAAAAUAUCUACAUUGGCUAAAGAUAUUUCACAAGAAUGGCGACUUAGCAACAAAAUUAUGACAGGAUUAGGUCAUGUUACUAAAUCUACUAUUGAAUUGUCAAAUUUUCUUCGAGCAAUCGAAAAACAUGGAGAAUUGACUGUUCGUAUGCCCCCACCGCCACCUCCAAGUGAAGCAGAAUCAGAAAAAAGUGAUGACUUUAUGGUUUAUAAUGAAGACUUUCUGGAUCAGGAUGUUAAUUCAAAAUCAAAAAUUACCUAUGAAGAGUCUACAGAAUAUUCUAAUUUAACUACUGAUGAAUCUACUGUUCAGGACUAA